GUCUGUCUUUAGAAGAGGGGUGGGGGGAGCGAAGGCUUGGACCGUGGCGGGGGAGCGAGGGCAGGACCCCACGGCCGAGAUGGCGUGGCCGUGCAUCAGCCGGGCGUGUUGCAUUGCCCGUUUCUGGAACCAGCUGGACAAAGCCGACAUCGCUGUGCCUUUGGUCUUCACCAAGUACUCCGAAGCCACCGAGCUGCCCGCCACUCAGGUGGUUUUCCAGCAGCAGCAGCAGCAGCCGACGCGUCCCUUGCCCUCGGCUAUCGACAUCCAGCCGGCUGGCCUCAGCAGCGACUACCAUGCCCACGCCAGGCCCGCCUCGGCUGUGGACCAUGGGCCGGCUGCCCCGCCGGGUCCUUCUUCUCGCGCGCCCAAAGAAACACCCAUGGCGGACUCGGUGAUGCGAGAAGAUUUCAAAGCGUGGAAAGUCCAAGGACCGGAGCCGAGCUGCAAGCCCAAAAACGAGUUCCAGCCUUCGGACCAGCCCUUUGCAAACCAGAGCCAGUACCAGAAGGACUUCCGUCCUUGGCCCAUCCCCAAGCGUGGAGACCACCCGUGGAUCCCCAAACAGAUGGCCAUCCCGGCCGUAGAGCUGGACAAAGGAACCAAGGAACCAAGGUCCAGCAGCUGGGAGAGAAGAAGUAAAUCUCAGAUCGGCUACGACCGGUCGGAGCAAAAGAAGGAGGAGGCCGUGGCGGCCAAGCCCGCCCCAGAAGAAAGGGCAACCAAGACCAAAAAGAAGGCCCAACAACCUGAAGACCAAGCUCGGCCUCCCCACCAGCAGCCGGGACCUUCGGGGACCCAGGAAGGCGGGAAAGGACGAGCGGUGGUCGAUGCCCUCAACCGGCAGAUCAAGGAGGAAGUUACGGCCAGGGUGUCUACCUCCUGUUACAGAAAUGAAUUUCGACCGUGGACGGACAUCAGGCCGGUGAGAGCUAUCAAGGCCAAGUCCCAAUACGAGCCUCCAGAUGAGAAAAUGUUUCACCAAACAAGCUACAGUUCCCAAUUCACUGCCGAAGGAGCAAAGCCCGGCCCGCCAGAUAACAAAUACAUGGAACGCCGAAGGAUACGCACCCUCUAUAAAGAGCCGCUGCAAGAAUCUCCAAAGGUGGAGAAGCCCAGCCCUCAGCCUUCUAAGCCAAAAAAGACGACCCCAAGCCAUAAAUCUGUGAAAAAGCCCAAAGAUAAGCAGAUGGCAUCCAGCAGGGCAUCGAAGAAGAAGAGUGCAGAGACACCCAGCAGAACAGCCACGGCCGAGGACAAGGAGAAAAGUAAAGAAAUUAACAAUAAGUUGGCCGAAGCUAAAGAGUGAUUCGCUGCAGUUUACUUGCUGUUUUUUCCUGUCUCUCUCUGUUUAUUUCUCCUUCUUCCCUUCCUUCCUUCUCCACACUCUUCCUUCCUUCCUUCCCUCCCUUCCUUUCUUCUCCUUUCCUGUCCCCGCCUUCCUUCCUUCCCCGCUCCUCUUCCUCUCUUCUCCACACUCUCUUCCCUUCUUCCUGCCCCUCCUUCCUUUCCUCUCUCCUUCCUCCUUCCUUCCUUCCUUCUACACACUCUUCCUUUCCUUCCUUCCCUUCCUUUCUUCUCCUCUCCUCUUCUCCCCUCCCUUUCCCGUCCGCUCUUCUCCAUACUCUCUUCCCUUCUUCCCUCCCCUCCUUCCUUUCCUCUCUCCCUCUCCUUUCUUCUUCCUUCCUUCCCUUCCUUCCUUCCCUCCUUCCCCCCUCCCUUUCCUCUCUUCUCCACACUCUCUUCCCUUCUUCCUUCCCUUCCUUCCUUCCUUCCUUCCUCCCUUCCCACAAAAUUAAUUAGAGACUUCUAAUCAGCUUA